GGAUGACUGGAUCCGUGGGUGGAUGCACAGGUGGACAGAUGAUGGAUGGAUGGAUGGGAGCCCAGGUCGACUGAAGACUGAAGAGGGACCCUUUUUCUCCUUCCCACCACCUGUCUGCUACUCUGUUGCACAGCAUCUGCCAGAACACUGAAGGAGGGACUGGCGGCUGGGCGGUGGGAGAGGCGAGGUUGAGGGGUGCUGGGGAAGGAAAGUGGAGAGGAGGAGGGCCUUGGAGACAGAGAGGAGGGGCCCCCGGGAGCCCGGCGUUGGCAGCGGCUCUGGCGGUUAGGGGACCAAUGUCGCUGCCGCCGCCUCCUCCUCGGGGGCCGGAGCUGCGUCGCCCGGGCUGAGCAGCAGCCACAGCCGCAAGCCGAGCGGCCGCCGGGCGCGCCCGCAACACGGGAGGAUGGGCUGCGGCGGAAGCCGAGCCGAUGCCAUCGAGCCCCGCUACUACGAGAGUUGGACCCGGGAGACGGAGUCCACCUGGCUCACCUACACCGACUCGGACGCGCUGCCCAGCGCCGCAGCCACGGACAGUGGCCCCGAGGCGGGCGGCCUGCACGCGGGCUAAGAGGGAUGCUAAGCGGAUGUCUGCAAGAGAAGUGGCUAUUAAUGUUACAGAGAAUAUUCGGCAGAUGGACAGAAGUAAAAGGGUCACCAAGAACUGCGUCAAUUAGCAGUGCCUGGAUGUGGAUGGAGGCAGAUGAACUUCUUGGUGGAGUCUAGUCAAAGAAUCCUGAAGAAGUUGAUGUCACUCGAUGAGUGUGGAUGCCUCUGCGUGAUACACGGCCACCCAUGCUGUGACGACCAUCUCGGUUUCCUGUUUAUCACAUAUAGAAAAUACAUCGAAAAGUCCUGAAAUACGUUCACAGAUUGCCAAAAGGUGGUUUGUUUUUUCCCCUCUGCAGCUUCCGUAGCAUGGUCUGCUGUAGCCAUGGUGACUGGCACAGAGAGGCUGGAGUAACGAAUCCCUGUCAAGGAGCUCACACUCCUGCAGAGCUUUCUCAGUGUGUGGUUGCAGACAAGCACCUUCUUUUCUCCUUCCCUUUUAAAUAUGGCCACCACAAGAUUUACUGUUUUCACUUAAGAGCUGGCUCCCAGCCGACUCUAAAUCCAGAAAUACAAGAAUCCAAAAACCAGAGAGACUCGGAGUGAGCUGAAUCAGUCCCAGCUUCACGUGCUGGCUCCCCGGUGCCUACUCGGUGUCUUUGAGAGGUGUCUGGGAGAUACGCACACGCACAUGCACACGCACACACAUACCUGUUCCUCCUCUACCUGGAAAGGACUCCCAGGCUAGCAUCCAGGCGUUGGCUUCCAAACCAGAAUGUCACAUGUCUGUGGCCUUUGCUCCCUUUGGGACCUAGCUUCAUGUUGCUUUCCCCCAUAGCUUUCCAGUUCCCUAUUGUUCUGGUGGGCUUUGUACCUCCAGUCAGGUGGUCAAUUGCAACUGGACACCACUCACAGGGGGGAAGUGACCUAGGAACACAUGGUGGCACACGUGAUUACCCCUUCUGUACACAGCCCCAAGGACCAUGUUAUUUUGGCAUCUGCAGAGUAAUUAGUUCGGAAAGCCAUAGGCUGGUUGAUGUAUAUUCCUGUUGACAUAGUCUAACAAGGCACUCACUGUAUUGAAAAACAGGCACCAACAUGGUAAAGCGAUGCUUUGAUAGGAACCCUUCCCCGGCAUUCCUAAACACACCUUCCUGCGGAGUAUGACACAGCACGAGUCUGAAAGGACUGUUAACAUGCUUGGGCUUAUUAAGGUAUAGUCCAAGUCAUAUCAAACUGUACCAACAAACUCACACCUAGCAGCAAUAGCAGUCUGGUGGCAUGCUUAUAUGACAGUUCAAGAGAAGUCACCUAAGCGGAUUAAGAUGCAGAUGCUCAUUGCUGUCUCUGACUUAUUUCUUCAACACAAAUAGAACUGUAGACUGUAUGUUUAUUAGUGUUAAAAUUCACUGCCAACCUUGUGCCAGCUACAGUAACAGUCGCAGAGGGAUUUGGAGUCGGGAAGUCACGACUGUACUCCUGACUCUGUGAGGAGGCUUGAUACUCAGGAGACUGACACGGACCCUGUGGCACAAGACCAAUUACUGCAGUGGAAUCUCACAUUUAGGUAAAGGUAGCUUUCUGUCAAUCACAGAUGUAUGUCUUCUCCUUUGCCGUAUACACCACGGUUUCCCCCCAACCUCUCUCAUCUUGACUCCUUGUCAAAGGGCUUUUAGGGAACUUCAUGUUCUGACAAUUUAACUAAUAAAACAAAAGCAAGCCCUGUGACUCCUGUGUCCUCAGCGGCAUUGCUGGGCAGGAGUCCUUCCACAGGGUUGGCCAUGGGUCCAAUCCUGCAAGCUCAAGGGCUUGCUCUCCAGGGCAUGUGCGCUGUGUUUUGACAUGCUGCUUCCCCAGUUGAUGCUAACGGCCAUGGGCUAAGGCCGGCUUCUCUUCCCAACUCCGUGUUUGCCUCAGUUCAUUGGAAUUUACCAUCUGGAAAAGUUGCCUCUGCAAAUACAGAAACACGUUCUCACUCUGCGAGGAGAAGGGAGGGAGGGAAGGAGAGAGGGCCUGUGAUCUGGCACACCAUUGAAAUUUCCAUCUGGCAAUUUUUAAAUGUGUGUUUAAAGCAGGAACUGACUCUUACUAUCCUAGUGGGAUAACACUUUCCAUUCUGAAGUUUGUGUCAAUAAAGUCAUUAAUUUCAAACA